CCUGGGCUGAGCGCCCCGGCWGAGGCUCCUUCCUCUCAGACUCUCUGAAGGAGCGAUGAGGAGAAAGCAGCUGUCACCCUGCUGACACCAGCACAUCUAGGAUAUUCUGACAUCUUUUUUUCUCACCACUGGAAUCAUAUUUGUGUCCAAACCCAAGGAGAGCAAAGAAAACACUGGAGGAAACCAUCAAUCGGAUGCGAGCAGAGCCAGGCCCCACUUAACAAUGGGCCUCUUACCACUUUGCAUCCUGCUUCAGGUCAUGGUGCUGACUGUGGGGGUGGCUGCAGCUGCAGAGGAGAACAAAGUCGAUGAUCAGUACAUCUGGCCACAGUGGACGGUGCCACUUGUAAGGCAAAAACGUACCGUGCCCCUCAGCAUCCCAAACUUCUCAGCUCACCCUCAACCGGAGCUAAGUGGGACCUGUGGGAUCGAGUGUCAGCGUCGCCUUCCUUUACCUUCCCUAGAUGACUUAGAGCAGUUUCUGUCCUAUGAGACAGUCUACGAGAAUGGCACACGUACGUAUACCUCAGUUUCUGUGCACGGCCUCAAUGAGGUGACUGUCUGGCCCCAAAAUGUCUCGUCUCGCUCCCGCCACAAACGAGAGGUCUACGGUWCCGACACUCGUUUUACUAUUGCUGACAAACAGUUCUCCACCAAAUAUCCCUUCUCUACCUCGGUGAAGAUCUCCACAGGAUGUUCCGGUGUUCUUGUUUCACCUAAACAUGUGCUGACAGCUGCACAUUGCAUCCACGAUGGCAAGAAUUACCUGGACGGAGUUCAGAAGCUACGUGUUGGCAUUUUGAAGGAGAAGAGCCGACGAGCAAAGGGAGGCAAAGGUAGGGGAGGAAAAGAAAAGGGCAGAAGAAAAAAGGAUGACAGAGCUACAGAGGAAGCAUGGGAACCAGAGGAAAACAGCGGGAAAAAGAACCGUAAAGGAAAGGGGAAAAAUGGGAAGAGCCGGAGCCGUCGAAGUGUGGAAUCAGGGAAACCUUCCUUUAAGUGGACCAGAGUCAAACAGACCCAGGUUCCAAAGGGCUGGUUCAAGGGUGUGGCUGAUGGACUUGCUGCAGAUUAUGACUACGCUGUUCUUGAGUUGAAGAAAGCUCCRAAAGUAAAGUACAUGGACCUGGGUGUUAUCCCUUCGGUGAAGAAGCUCCCUGCUGGAAGGAUUCAUUUCUCUGGCUUUGACGAUGACCGGCCCGGUAACUUGGUGUACCGGUUCUGCUCCGUGUCCGAGGAAUCCAAUGACUUGUUGUAUCAGUACUGUGACGCCAAGCCCGGCUCUAGCGGCUCUGGGGUUUACAUCCGUCUCAAAGAGCCAGGCAAGAAGAAGUGGACGAGGAAGAUUAUUGGGGUUUUCACUGGUCACCAGUGGGUGGAUGUUAAUGGGAACGGAAUGCAGCAGGAUUACAAUGUGGCCGUCAGGAUAACGCCCCUCAAAUACGCUCAGAUCUGCUACUGGGUCCACGGGGACUCGAGUGAGUGUCAGGUUGCCUGAGACAAUACAGAAACACCACCUUUUCCUGCUACUACUCCCGUCUCCCUGACCCAGUCUCWUUAAACGGACCCAUAGUUUUCUUUCACCGAGCAUCAGCUCAACAUCUGCACCUCCUUUCCUGGCUCUUUAUAACUCUGCAUCUUUUUUUGACUCAACUACACCGACUCCCAUUUGACUGAGAAAACUUAGUUAAAAUUACAACAAAAGGAACUCUGUGGCUUGUCUUUUUUAUUUAUACGUUUUUUUUUAAUCGUCAGAGUAUAGAAAUAUGUAUUAGGUUAUAUUUUGUUUUAACAUUUUUUAAAUGACUUAAUGGAGAUUGAAAAUGCUUUAUAAUACUAAGCUUUAUACGUUUAUUUAUCUAUUGGCAUUGAAUUUGUUGAAAGAAACGUGUAUUUUAAAGUGUUUUUCACCAAACAGAAGCACGCGUUGAAAAAACAAAAAGACCCAGAAACAGGCUGAUGUAUCUUCAGUUUUUUUUAAUGAACUUUAUCAAAAAUGAAGAAAAUUCAUUUUAAACUUAGACAAUUUGUUGACGGCUCAAUUUGUAUAUAUAUCUAGAAAAUUGCAUACUUUUUUUUACAACUACAUUGUUCUGUUAAAAUAGAGAAAAGCUGCAUAGAAAAUGUUAUUUUAUUUUUGUUUCAUCUUUUGUCUGUUUGCAACACAGUGAUUCAUUGUGCACAUAACAACGUGGUGCUAAUUUAUGAGACUGUAAAGUUUGUUAUUCCUUUUCUUUUUCAAACGACUGUAGAAAAUAGUUUUCUGGUACUGUACUUGUAUUUAAUGUGAGGCUACAUUCAACAGAUUACUUGAGCUCUUUAUAUUUCUCUAUUUUUAAAGAGUAAAUUAGAUUUUGAAUACUGCUUAUAAAAAGUUUAAAAUUAGGAUGUAAUGGGUUUCACUUAUCUUGUUUAUUUUAUUAAAGAAAAAACAAACAUCUCAAGAGUAUUAAUUACUAUUAAACCAAGUGACUUUA